AUGCUCAAAAACAAACGUCGCCAGCAGACGGCGACCUUCCUCGAGGGACUGAAUGGGCAUUAUCAGCGGAGAGAGAGUCCUCCGCCGAUACCGAAUACAAGUAAGUGGAUGGAGAAAAAGUGGCGGGGAAGGCGGAUUGUGUAAUGGCGGACCCGAUCCAGUGGCAAAAAACGUACCAUUUUGCAUCCAGGAAGUAUCAAAAAUGUGGCAAAAUGCUUCCCUCUCCAACUAAAAGAACCUUCCUUUAGAAAGGCGCGCUAUUUUUUCCUCACGAAAAGAGCGAGCGUGUUUUUGAAAUCAGUAGUUUUCGCUUGGGGAGGGAGGUAUUUUGCUACAUUUUUUGGUACUUCCCGAAUGCAAAAUGGUACGUUUUUUGCCACUGGAUCAGGUCCGCCACUGUUUGGUUGGAGAUUUGACAACCAGAAAUUGCAACGGCUACAGAGCCGGCUCCGAGCCGGGAGCCGGAAAUUCUGGGUCCGGCUCCCGAGCCCGAAGUCGGAGCCAGGCUUCUCAGCGUUUAUAAAAGUAAAAAUUUCGUGAUCUUGUUAUACCAAUUGCUCGAAAAAUACAGGGAAGGAUGCGUUGCGUACUUAUGACUUGGCUCAAAAACGUUGGGUGUGUCAUCUCCGGCACGAAUAGCUUUUAUUUUUGGAAAAAUAUUUUUCACGGGAGCCGAAAUUUUGGCCGUGGCAAUCUCUGGUGACAACUCGUGUCGCCAGUAUAAAAGUAAAUAUUGAAAAACUUUGAAAUAACUCAAAUGGCUAGGCAAAAAAAUUGGAUCUGCUCCGGAAUUUGUCUCAACGGCUUGCCAAAAAGUUGGAUCGGCCUAGAAACCCCUCGAACAGUUGGCUAAAAAACUUGACUGGUCUCUGAAUUUGCAUAUAUGCCUACUGAAACCUUAGACUCGCUGUUCUGGGCAAAUUUAGGGCUCUUCGAACGGUGGCUUACCGUUCCUAGUUUCUGGAACGGCUAGCCAACCGGUUAGACAAAGGUUUCGAAGAGCCAUAAAUUUGCCCAGAACUGCUAGCCGGUAUUCUGGCUAGGCGUAUGUGGAAAUUCAGAGACCAUACAAGUUUUUUAGCUUGCCGUUCGAGGGGUUUUUAGGCCGAUCCAACUUUUUGGCUAGUCGUUGGGGCAAAUUCUGGAACAGAUCCAAUUUUUUGGCUAGCCUUUGAGGUAUUUCAAAGCUUUUCAAUUUUUACUUUUGCGCUGGCGGCCCGAGUUGUCUUGAGCUCGAAUUGUCCACGACGGUAUGGUUGAUAAUUCGAGGAUUUUUUGGUUGGUGAUUUUUGAAGAAAAUCUGACACUCGAAGCCGAAGAACUGCCCAGUUUUUCCGGAAUUUUGGAAAUUCAGAAAAAAAAAAUUUUUUUGGUUCUAAAUUUUGAGACCACUUUUAAUCUUUAUUUUUUCAGUGAAUAUGUCCCAGCCCCGGCACCAAACCCAGUCCACGACCGGCUCCUCAACUCAGUCCCUCCAAACCAUCGGCAUAGUCCAACACCCCUCGAUCACCUCCUCCACGGCGUCGGCCCCCAUCAAAAAGCACUCCAACUCGGCGCUAACCCCCUUCAACGACCACCCCAAGCCGUCGGCGUCGUCGACCAGCCUCCCGAUGGCCGGCCUCAUGUCCACCUCCACACCGGGCGUCCAGUUCGGCCUGUUCCAGCCCAAUCCGCAGACCAUUCAGCAGCAGCGAAGGCUGAGUCACACGCCCCGAGGAAGUCGGACCGUCUCCACAAGAUCCGAACUUUCAUCGCAUAGUUUUUCCAAUCCCCGACAAACGAAUGUCGUCCAAGUGCCCCCACAGCAGAGCAGACAGAUCUACGUGCAGAAUAACAGCCAAUACCCGCAGCGGUACAGCGCCAGAAGUGACCAGAAUCAGAAGCGACAGAGGCGAUCGCUCACUUCGUCGCUCUCAAUAGGUAACACUGAUUUUUUGGUCGCAAAAUUGAAGCAUUUGGAAACAUUUGAUUGAGCCCGAAGAGUCCAGUUAUACCAAAAGUUCCAUUUUUUAGAUUUCAGAAUGAGGGUGACAUUUUAUACGAUGAAAAAAAUUUUGAAAUUUUUAACAAGGAAAGUACUUUUAUGGGGGCUCCUACUUUUUGACGGGACAUAUCUCAAAAAAUCAGAAAAAAUGUGCUGAUCAAGGAUAUAUAAAUCUUAGCUGCCCAUUUUAGGUUUUUAGGGGUGAAAACUCAAUCGGAAGUUGACUUAAAGUCCUAUAUAAACCCCUUUUCGCUUAAUUUUUCACAGGUUUACAAUUUUUAUUUCGGCUUAAAAUGAUGUUUAUUGAGUUUCUAGGACGUAAUAAAUCAGUCUUGGCCCAAAAAUUUAUUUUUCCGACCUUCAACUUCAAAAAAAGUUGCUUCAGUCCAAAAGGGAAACCGAACCCGUGCGGCGUCCCCCUCUUGAUUCCCAGACUACGGCACUAGCCACUCGGCCACAUCGCUCUCUUCCGAAGGAAGAGACCGACUGCGCUUUUUAUCGUUUCGAAUGCCUGCCCUUUUGUAGGGAAAUUAAGCCAGUUUUUGGGCAUUUUCGCCCCUAAAAACCUAAAAUGGGCAGCUAAGAUUUAUAUAUCCUUGAUCAGCACAUUUUUUCUGAUUUUUUGAGGUAUGUCCCGUCGAAAAGUAGGAGCCCCCAUAAAAGUACUUUCCUUGUAAGAUGUAAGUGGUAUCUUAUAGGGUAAAAUUUUUGCUUAUUUUUUUCAAAAUGAAUUGUGACAUGUUAUACGAUAAAAAUUUUACAGAAUUUGUUUCAAAUCACUGUUAAAAAAUACAAUUUUAAAAUUUGAAAAAAAGAAAUUUUUUUAUCGUAUAAGACGUCACCCUCAUUUUGAAAAUUAUAAAAGCGGGAUUCUUCCGAUCUUUUUGUGGGACACUUCGAAAGCCGGAGUUUUCGUCGGCAACGGACAAAAUUCAAGAAAAAAAAAAUUUUUUUGAGCAGUGCUUGCAAUAUUUAAUUUGCCAGUAAAAUGGAAAAUAAUGAAUCAAAAUUUACAGAAAUGAUAUCUCUGACAGCUACAAUGUCUUAAUUUUUGGUCAAGUAAUGUUUUAUCGCAAAAUGGCAGGAUUUUUAAACUCCGAAAUUGGAAAAACCCCUAAGGGGAUGUUUCGAAAACAUUUUCUAAACCAAAACUAGAGGCCUUGUAGAUUCCAGAAAUAUAAUUUUUGUAUGUUUUGAUCGGGUUUUUCGCAAUUUAUUUGCGAUUUAAACUUUUCGGCUGGCAAAUUAUUUUUUAUGGGCGAAAAAUCCACUUUUUCGGCCGUAAACACGGUCUUCACAUCUCUUGCAACAAUUUCACUUUGAUCUGCAGGCAAUAUCCAGUCGAACGACCCCAUCUCCGAGCCCACCACACCACACGAUUUCCUCUACAACGUCGACGAACUCGACACCAAAACGAAAGCCGGCUCCCUGCAGUCGCUCCGAAACAACCCGAAUUACGGCUCUCAGCAGCGGGAUUCGGCUUCGCCAGCUCUGUCCAACCUACUACCAGCUGACGCCAACGACUUACCGUUGCCGUCGGGCUGGGAUGUGGACGUAACGGCGGAGGGCUUCCGGUUUUAUAUUGAUCAUAAUAACCAACGCACCACCUGGGUUCAUCCGCUGGCUGUGGAGAAUCUGCCGCCCGGAUGGACCAAAAUCUUUGAUGCGGUGCACGGAGUGGUCUAUUAUAAGUAAGGAGAGCAAUUCUGAGCGUUUUGCGCGAUUUGAUAACUGGCCAAUGCGCGAUCUGAAACUUAGCUGAAAAUGAUAGGGCGCAGCUGGGAAAACUGGCACGGGCGCAGCUCGCAUCUCGGGGGCAUCUCGGAAAACAAGCUUUCGCAGCUCGCCGGAGCUAAGUUUCACCUUGUUUUCGAGCUGCGCCCAAGACGCGAGCUGCGCCCGUGCAAGCUCUCCGAGCUGCGCCCUAUGAUUUUCAGCAACUUUCAGAUAGCGCAGCCCCUGUUCAAACGUAUUUUCAAAAAAAAUGACGUCAUUUUUCCGCAUUUUUUUUGGAAUUUCCGCUCAUUUUUUUGUUGCUUUGAAGUGAUGUCUCUAAAUUUUCAGCGAAGUCGAGCAACGCUCCCAAUUCGAGCAUCCCGGCGUCAUGACACCCAACCCUCCCCACCACAACAACUCCCAUCAUCUCCAACAACACCAGCAGCCCCAUCUGACCGCCAAGUCGCAGCAGAACUCGCGCCAGUCCUCGCAAAGCCGCCGCAGCACCUCCUGGGCCAACCUCCAACAACAGAACCAACUGGCUCAACGGAUCCGAGAGUCGGCCUCGAUUCAGUCCAUCGCCCAACACCAAAAACAACAGCAACUGGAGAACGAGGAGCAGCGGAAAAGGAGCAGCGACAUGUCGCGCGUCCAUCCCAUGUAUUACGAGACCAUCUCCAGCCUGAAUAUCAUCAACGAAGGUCAGUUGGUGGGGUUGUGUGCGAAGAGGCCCCAAAAUGAUGAGGCCUUUUUCAAAAAAAAAACUUUUUUUUGAUGAGAGUGGGUGACAUGUUAUAUGAUGGAAAAAUUCUUGAAAAAAUUUUGGAAUGAGGGUGACAUCUUAUACGAUGAAAUUUUUUUAACAAAACGAAGAGGCCCUUUAAAAAAACUUUUUGUUAAUGAGUGGGUGAUGGUGACAUUUUAUACGAUAAAAAAAUUUCGUCGUAUAACAUGUCACACCCUGUUUUUUCAUUUUACAAUUUUUUUUUUCGUUUUUGGGGGGCCUCUUCUGAUUUUUUAUGAAAAGAAAAAAAUUCGAAAUAAGGGUGACAUUUUAUACGAUGGGUUCUUUUCAUCGUAUAAAAUGUCACAACCUAGUAUUUUUGUUUUGCAUUUUUUUAUUUUUGGGGGUCUCUUCGGACUUUUUAUAAACACAAAACAAAUUUCGAAACGAAGUUGACAUUUUAUACGAUGAAAAAAAUUUUCAUCGUAUAACAUGUCAAACCUUGGUUUUUCAUUUUGCAAUUUUUUUUUAUUUUUGGUGGCCUCUUCGUUUUUUUUUGAGGCCUUUUCGGAAGCACCGAGUUGUCUGGGGAGAUUUUCUUUACAAUUUUUGUUAAUCAAAUCCCGUUCCAGACAUCCCUCCAUGGCUAAAACUGUACGGCGAAGCGCCCUUUCAAUCGGACCAUCUGCUAAAAGUAUGUUAGGCCCCAAAAAAAUUCACGAUCCUUUGUAGUGGACCAUGUUCAAGUUGCCGCAAUUGCAACAAUUCGACCGAAUGCUGCGCAAACUGUACAAACAAGAGGUCCUGAACACGGUCAGCAAGUACGAGCGUGUGCGUGCCGAAAUUAACACGGAAUUGCUGCGGAGGUUCGAGGGAAAUUGA